CUUUUUUUUUUAGAGCUCAAAUGGUAUUUUAACAGACUUCCUGAGUUUCUACACAUUACCUUCAACAGUGAUGCAUCAUCCAGUUCAUAAAAGCCUCAAAGCAGCCUAUUCCUUUUACAAUAUUCAUACAGAGACCCCCCUCUUGGACUUAAUGAAUGAUGCACUCAUCAUAGCUAAGUUGAAAGGAUUUGAUGUGUUCAAUGCACUAGACUUAAUGGAAAACAAAACAUUCCUGGAAAAACUCAAGUUUGGGAUUGGCGAUGGAAAUUUGCAGUAUUAUUUGUACAACUGGAGGUGUCCUGGCAUGGAAUCUGAAAAGGUUGGUCUUGUAUUACAAUGAGGACACUUACAUUUCUAGAACUCUGAGGUCAUCGUUUGAGUUAAUUUGAUCUCCAUAACUCUUGGAAUGGUAUUGUUCAAGAGGAGUAAAAGCACAAUGUCAGUGAUACUGAAAUAGUCCAUUAAACCUGAACAAUGAAGACAUCCAUAUGUGACCAAAUUUAUGCAUUUUCAGAUAGAUCAGAAAGUUCCUAAAACACUUUUAUUGUCCAUGAAAAGAAUAAAAAGCACAUUCAUUUAAGUUUCAAAGCUUAGCUUGCACCUUGAUGAGAAGAAGGUAUUUUUUUUCCACUCUGUAGAAAAGACUGUUUUGUACAAACUGAACUUCAGUGGUGGAUUAGGGUACAAAAAUAUUUGCUAUUAUGUGGAUGAACUGCUGCAUUUCUAUUUAUUAAGUGGUGGUGUAUGUUUGUCAGUGUAACAGAAUGAAGGAUACAAACUUGAGUAUCUUUGCUUAUUUACUUCAUGUGGAUAUCAUCAUUUGGGGGAAAAUCAUGAAGUACAUUACGUAUGUAGCUCUAUGAAAGUCCUGGGUGUUUUUGUAACUGGAGCAGUAUGACAAUGUGCUGGUUUAACUAGUGCAUUUGGUUCUCCAUAAGCAACGCUGCCAAAUCAAUAAAAAUACAGAUUUGUACUUUGAUCUUCAAUAGAUCAGUGGAUUGAUUUAACAGUAUUGCACUGUUCAGUGCAGGUGUUAUCUAUGUUGCCGGAAUGAUAAUACAUUACUGUACUUAAUUUACAGUUGUGGCACAAAACCUUAGUUUUUCCUCAGUAGAAUAACAUCAGCCUGUGUGUAAAACUAAGAAUUUUAGUAGUGCUAUCAGGAUAUUUAUAGU